UCUGUGGACGGAGAUAGAGCUACGAGUUGGCAGAGUCCAACCCAACAGUUUUACAGCUCCGCGGGGGACACGGUCCCUGCAGCGAGGCUUACCAUCGACCUGGGGCAGGCGAUGCAUGUGGCAGAGGUUAGAGUAUGGUCUGGAGAAGGAAGAUUGCCAUCCAGUACAACACUGUCUGGUUCAUUAGAUGGACAAGAGUUUAUCGUACUUUCU